GUCUCCGAGAGCCCAGGGCGCCCCGAGGUGGAAGCGUUGGGGGAGCCUCUGCCAGGGAUCAGGGCCAGGAGACAAAAUGUCAUCGCAUUUUUUGCCGAUAGCGCUGACUUCUGGAGAUAAAGCAAACGAUGACUCAGUCAAAAAGGAUGGGCCAUAUAAGAUCUUUUUCAAAGAUCUCUUUCUUUUCAAAGAAAAUGAAAUAGCAGCAAAGAAAAAGGAAAAAUUUAUGAACCGCAGCAUGAAAGUCCACCAAAAGUCUACUUUUUCAUCCCGAAUGAAGAGUCGUUCACAUCUGAGCCAAACAGUAUUCUACUCUGAGACAACUGGUGGCUCAUUUGAAAAAUUUGGGCUAGAUCCCACUCUUAUUCUCAGAUUAACAGAAGGUUCAGACACAAAAAGGACUAUCAACGAAUUUAUUACUGAUCAGAGAAACAGGUUUCUGCUUGAGUUUGCUUUGUUAACCAAAAGAAAUACAAUUAAAAGUCUUGAAGAACACAUAGCAACGAAGGAAAAGCAACUCAUGAAAGCAGAAAACAAGCUUCAAGAAGACGCAAUGGCCUUCGAAGAGUUCCUUCGAGAAAAUGACCAGAGAUCUGUAGAUGCUCUUAAAAUUGCAGCACAAGAAACUAUAAACAAACUCCAAAUGACAGCAGAACUAAAAAAGGCAAGUAUGGAGAUACAAGCAGUGAAAAGUGAAAUGGCAAAAACAGAAUUCCUCCUUAGAGAGUAUAUGAAAUAUGGAUUUUUUCUGCUGAAAUUGUCUCCAAAACAUUGGCAAAUCCAGCAAAAGAUGAAAAGGGUCCAGGUGUCAAAGAGUAAAGAAAAUAUGAAUGUCACUCUUCCAAAAAUAUUAACAAAACAAGAUACAAAGAAAAAAGAGGGCAAUAUUGAGGAGCCCAGGAGGACAUCAUUUUCAGAAGACUAUUCUCUGGGAAAAGCUAGCCAAGGAAAACCACACAAGAAGUCCACUCUCAUCCUAGAGAACAAGAAAUCAUCCUUAUCAAACCAAGCUGAAAGUAUCAGUUCAGAAGACAGUUUGGAAUUCUUUUUAGAUGAUGAUAUAGACUAUGACCUGGAGCCAGAGCUUUAUUUCAAAGAACCAGAAGAGUUACUUCAAGUCUUCACAGAGCUGGAAGAGCAGAAUCUUACUUUGGUACAAUAUUCCCAAGAUGUAGAUGAAAAUCUUGAAGAUGUAAAUAAAAGAGAAAAAUUUAUACAGGAUAAAAUAAAUAACAACAUAGAGUUUCUUUUGAAGCACAAGAAAAUGCUUCAAGCUAACUGUGUGAGAGAAGAGGAAAAAGCAGCAGAACUGGAAUUAAGGUCCAGGCUAUUUAGUUUUGGACAAUUUAAUUCAGAUGCCCAGGAAAAACUGAUAGAAUCUCUCAGUAAAAAAAUUAAUCAAGUAUACAAAGUCUGCAUUGGAGAUGGGGAGGUUGGCAGCCUCAACCCAGUUCAAAAACUGGUAAAAGUAGAGUCUCGCCUGGUGGAACUGAGUGAUCUCAUUGAAUCCAUUCCCAAAGAAAAUGUGGAGGCAAUUGAGAGGAUAAAACAGAAAGAACGGCGGCAAAAAUUGCGUGAAGAGAAAAUUAAGGAAAAACAAAAACACCAGGAGGAAAGGCUAAAAGCUGCUCUGGAAAGAGCAGUAGCACAACCAAAGAAAAAGCUUGGGAGACGACUUGUCUAUCGCUCAAAACCUCCAUCUGGUAAUAAACAAGAACUAUUUUUAGUCAAGGAUACGAGAACAAAAUCACUAGAGGAAGAAUAUUUUUUCACUUGAAUAGGAGCAGUAAGACAUUUAUUAUCAGCAUGUUUUAGGCAUAUUUUGUAGAUUUGGUUUUCAGUAAUGGCAAUAUUCUGCCCCAUAUGCUGGCCUAUCCAAUUUGAGGAAAACAGGCCCUUAUUCUAAAGGUUAUAGGAUUGGGAAUGGGAGUUAUUUCCUUUGUUGAAGUCUUUUAUUAUCAUAUCCUAAGUAUUAUUCUAUAUAGCUAAACAUUUGUAUCUAUACUUUGAGUUGUCCCAGUUGGGGAUAUCAAUCCAAAGUUACUUUACUGAUGUAACUAUAUGUUGAAUGGCCAUUAAAGUGUAAUAAUGGCAUUCUCUGACAACAUGAGACUUUAAAUGAUCUAUUUUUUUUUUCAACCAGUCCACAGGAAAGUUCAUAGUAUAUAUUUUAUCACUGUGGAGUAUACAUUUUAACAAUGUAUAAAAUAUCUAAAAGGUUUUGAGGAGUUUAAAACUUAAAUGAAAACCACUAGAUUAUGUUCUCAGAACAUAACUGUAAGACUGGUUUGUAAUUCACAGCUAAGGAAUUCUGCCCAGAAAACUUAAUUCUGUUAAGUGAACAAACCAUACACCUUCAGCCCAAAUGUCAGUUCACAAUUUCUGUUGUACUCUAUAUCCACAAUCAUUAUUUCAGGUGAUGUUUCAAUUUUAGCUAUAAUAUGUACAUGAUUUAGCUUACAUUGAUAGAGAAUUAACAUGUAAUUUGUUGACUACUAAGUAAAAUAAUACAGUUUAUAUUAAUUCUAAGAAAAUAUUUAACUUUAUACAUGUCAAAAGUAACAAAAGUGGCUCAAAAGUAACAAAAAGAAAACUCAGUUGCUUUUAAAAGGUCUCAGUUAAUAUAUAAUUACAAGAAAAGGGUUGAAAUUCACCUUCAUAAACAUUUAUAAAGCACGGAAAUAAUUUUCCCUUAUAGAAAAAAACAGAGUAUUGGGC